ACUUAGGCAAUAAAUGUGAAGGUACUAUACUCAGUCUGGUUAAAAUAGCAGAAGGAAAUUAUUAUAAUCCAUGAUUAGUUGGCCUUUCAUAACAGAAAAGCACAUGCAUGUGCACUAUAUAGGCUGAACAGCUGAACUUCUUAGCUAGAAACCUCUUAAUUGCAUCCCCCACUCAUGCUUCUCUUUCCAUUUUAUAGUCUCAUUUUCAGUCCACUAUUGGUAUUAUUACUUUUAUUUCCUUUUCUUUCUCGUGAAACAGAAAUAUGCAGGCUUCGUUUUAGACCCUUAAUCCUCUAUUGCUCUUGGCACUGAACGUUUUAGUUAACACUCUAUUACUGAUCCUUUUUUUUUUCUUGCAUGUCAUAGUACGAUGAGUUUUGCCUAAUCUGCUCCUUGAAACUAUAUAUUUUCCUGAGUAACAUUUUCUGCCUUUGAUACUUAGAAUGGCUAUAAGGUUUUUAUCAUGCAAGUGCCACUAUGUUCUUUGCUUUGUGUUCCUCGUUUUGUCUUUUCUUUGUAAGGGCCAAGACUCUUCAUUUUCACCAAUGAAGAACAAAGAGAAGGAAGCCAUUUACUCUGUUAUUCAAGGGUUUGUUGGAAAGUGGUGGAACGGUUCAUAUCUUUAUCCAGAUCCUUGUGGGUGGACUCCUGUACAGGGAGUUUCCUGUGAGCAAUAUGAUGAUGGCUUCUGGUAUGUAAGCACUGUAAACUUUGGACCAGUUUUUGACAACUCUCUCGUGUGCAGCCAUGAGGCUCAAUUCCCUCAACAACUAUUCAACCUCAAGCACCUAAAAGUCCUCUCACUGUCCACUUGCUUCCAUUCUCCUACCAAAAAUCCUGUUAAACUCCCUCUUUCAAAGUGGGACAAGUUCUCACACAGUUUGGAGUCUUUAACACUUAGAUCAAACCCUGGUCUUGUUGGCACCAUCCCACCAGCAAUUGGCAGCCUCAAGAAUCUUCAAUCACUUCUACUUCUAGAAAAUGGGCUAAGUGGUGAACUACCACUAAGUAUUGGAAAUUUGGUCAAGUUGAGGCAACUAGUCCUUGCAGGAAAUAAUUUGGAAGGUGAGGUUCCAGCCAACUAUGGAAGGCUUUCUGAGCUUUUAAUAUUUGAUGCAAGCAGGAACAAUCUAUCAGGAGUUUUUCCAUCAACACUUGGACUUUUGGAUUCACUUCUAAAGCUUGAUUUUAGUAACAACAUGCUUGAGGGAGAGUUGCCAAGGGAGCUAGGAAGGCUAAAGAAUCUUACUUUACUUGAUAUAAGUCAUAACAAACUUAGAGGUGGGUUGGUUAGGACAAUCAAAGAACUUGUUUCCUUAAAGCAUUUGGUUCUGUCCAACAACCCUAUAGGGGGUGAUCUCUUGGGGGUUAAGUGGGAAAAUUUCCAAAACUUAGAAGCAUUGGACCUUUCCAACAUAGGUUUGGAAGGAAGUGUCCCAAAGUCCAUGGCAAAAAUGAAAAGGCUUAGGUUUCUGGACCUCAGCAACAACGACCUUUGUGGAAGUCUCUCUAGAAGUUUGGAAAAACUGCCAUGUCUUACAGCUCUCCAUGUAAAUGGAAACAACUUGACAGGGAGACUUGAGUUCUCAGAGAGGUUUUACAUGAAAAUGGGAAUGCGUUUUGCAGCUUGGAAUAAUACAAAUCUCUGUUGCAUGGCCAAACCAACGACGCACGAAAUGCCUUAUGGAUUUGAAGUUGGAGGUCACGAUGGUUGGGUUGUUCCAAAGCCAAAGGACGAUGAUCAAAUGUACAAUCAGUGGGCAUCCCAAAACAGAUUCAAAGUUAAUGACACUCUUCUGUUCAAGUACGAGAGAGACUCGGUUAUGGUGGUGACGGAAGAAGAGUAUGAAAAAUGCAAAGCCUCUCGUCCCCUCUUUUUCUCUAACAAUGGUGACACAGUCUUCAAGUUUGACCGGCCAGGCUUGUUCUACUUCAUUAGUGGGGUGAGUGGUCACUGUGACAGAGGGCAGCGGAUGAUCAUCAAGGUUUUGGAUGUGGAGCCAGCAGCACCCCCACCUCAAUCUGCAAAUGAGGAUGCACAAAAACCACCACAUAAAAAAAAUGGAGUUGCUGAAAUGAUUCCUAUGAGUAUAAUAACAACAUCCACACUUUUUGUUUUGUCAACCUUCGUCCUUCAGCUUUAUGCUUGAUUCUUGUGAGUGAUUAGAGUCUUAGCUAGGUUUAUGAGUGUCAUGGGUGUUUUGUUGUUGGAGAUUUAAGUAGCAGUUUAUUUGUUGUUUUGGUCAUGUGUCAUGGUUGGACUUCAUUAUUAGGUAAUGUUAUUAUGGUGGUUAGAUUGAACUACU